AAUCACAACCACCAACUUCAUCGUCUUUUUUUCUCUCACACACACAAUUUCUCACCCACAAAUAUACACACACACACACACAGUAUUAUAUAACUCCACAUUAUCCAUAUGACUUGAGAAAAUCUCCUAGAAGUUUCUCUAGAUCUCUACAAUGGCGACAACUUCUCCGCAUUUACUUCAAUUUCCGGUACGAUCACCGGAGCUUCAAGUUUUAAUUUCCGGAUACGCGCUUUUCCGGUCGCAAUUGGAGUUUCCGUACUUGCGUAAGAAUCACGCGCCGAGACUGCGAGUUGUAAAUGAUCGGAAAGUGAGAAUUGAGUGUGUUGCGAAAUCAACUGAGCUGGAACCUGCGUUGGUUAAGGAUGAUGAUGAUGAGGAUGAGGAUGUGGUUAGGGAAGAUGUUGAGAAAUUCUCAAAUGGCUCAGCUAGUUCCCUUGGAAUACGUGAACCUGUUUAUGAGGUAGUGGAGGUAGAGACAUCUGGGACGGUAGCGAAAAGGAAAAUAAACAGAAGGCACUUGCUGAAGUCAAGUGGUUUACGUCCUCGAGAUAUCAGGAGUGUUGAUCCAUCAUUGUGGUUGACAAAUUCAAUGCCUGCUUUGCUGGUCCGUGAGCAUGCAAUUCUAUUGAAUCUAGGUUCUUUACGGGCCAUAGUAAAUCAAGAACGAGUCCUUAUAUUUAAUUAUAACCGUAAAGGAGGAAAGGCUUUCAUUGACUCGUUGUUACCACGGCUAAAUCCUGCAAACACAAAUGGAGGGCCAUCAAUGCCAUUCGUAUUGGAGGUGGUUGAAGCAGCACUGCAUUCACGGAUACAAAGAUAUGAACAUAGGCUGUGGGAUUUAGAACCACGUGUUCAAGCACUACUUGAGGUUUUGCCUAACCGAUUAACUGGAGACAUAUUGGAGGAACUUCGUAUCAGUAAACAGAAACUGGUCGAAUUGGGUUCCAGGGCAGGGGCUCUUAAGCAAAUGCUACUUGAUAUUCUAGAGGAUACUCAUGAAAUACGGCGCAUCUGUUUAAUUGGGAGAAAUUGUGUGCUUAAGAAAGAAAAUGAUGAGAUGGAGUGCUCCGUGCCCCAGGAAAAGGAGAUUGCUGAAGAAGAAGAGGAAGAAAUUGAAAUGCUUUUGGAAAAUUAUCUUCAGAGAUGCGAAUCUUGUCAUGGUCAAGCAGAAAGGCUCCUUGAUUCUGCAAAAGAAAUGGAAGACUCAAUUGCUGUAAAUUUGAGUUCUCGAAGGCUUGAGGUGAGCAGAUUCGAAUUGAUUCUACAGGUUGGGACAUUUUGUGUUGCCGUUGGUGCCCUGGUAGCAGGUAUAUUUGGCAUGAACUUAAAAUCCUAUCUAGAGGAACAUGUGUUUGCGUUCUGGCUUACAACAUCAGGAAUUAUCGUUGGUGCUGUUAUGGCCUUUUAUCUCAUGUACUGGUAUCUGAGAACAAGGAAAAUUCUGUAAGCAGCUACUUUUUCAGCAAUCAGGUGAUGCAAAACUUGACCAAGAUUCAGCUUGCAACCGCAGUAGGUGCCCCAGAGUUGCUGAAUACUAGUCGCAUAGUCGGCACCAUGACUGAUGUUGGAUCAUUGCACAUUAGUAAGGUGCAACAUCAGCAAAAUAUGAUAUGCAGUUUGUCCCAAAUCAAGAUCCAUAGGAUUUGAGACAGGGGACAAUGCUAAAUCUUCUGCAAGUUUAUAUACCAUGGGUGCCCAUUAGGAAUAGCCAUCACUCUCUAUACCAGAUUGUUAUGUAGUGUAAUAUCUCCCACAAUAAGUUAGUGCAACAUUUUAACAUAAAAAGUGGGGUUGAUUGUACUCUUGUAAACACAAUAUAGGACAGUGUUGAGUCAGCUAAGUAGAAGAGUAGCCUUUGAGAGAGUUCUCAUGUCCAAGAUAAAAUUAUCUGAAAUAUCAUAUCUUCAUUCAUAGUCGUGUGGACAACAGAUUGUAAACUUAAACAAUGCCAUUUAUGUAUUGAUAUCUGAACCCCUUUUGGGUUCAAAUUUUCCUC